AGCUAUCUGUUCCUCCUCCAACACCAACUGAUAAAGUAAAGGAAGAGGAAGUGGAUGCUGAGGGAGAGUCUGAGCCAGAAGAAGAAGUCCAGGAAGUAGUGGAGAUUGAGAGUGUUAAACACAGAGUCUUCAAACAAAGAAAACCUAUAAAAAUACCACCUCAUAAGAAAAAAGUUUCUAAACUGCCACCAUUACCAAAUGGAAAUAUUAUCACUACAUUGCAAAUGGAGGAAGAUUUACCAUAUGAAUUAGAUAUGCCUGAGGCAACCUCUAUGAGGGAAGAAAAAUUAUGGAAACUCGGGGAUCUGCAGGGGCGGAUGAGUCAGUUGAUGCAGGAAAUCCUAGAAUUCAUCAAGCAUGUAGCAGACAUGAUAUUUAUAGAUCAAAACGGUAUACCUCUAAAUGCCAGAUUUACAGCAAUGCAGCCAUUUGAUUUUGACAAGAAAUAUGUCAAGAGGACAAAAACAGAAGAUACAAAGGAUGUAGAAGGAAGACAGAAGAGAAGUCAGACUUUCUUCUUGGGGCAGAAAGCUAUUGGUUGUCUAAAGGAUGCAUAUGAACUACUGUCAGGAUCACUUACCUUACAACAUGAAGAUUAUGAACUGAUCUACAGAGCCUUCAAAAACUACCAGUAUCAGAGAUCCAUCAGACAAGCUGUGAUGGCAGGAAAACUACCUCUAUCUGCCCUACACAUGGCUAAAAAUGGACAAAUUCCUGAUCUAAAAGCUACUUACGCUGCACUUCAACAAAGUCUGAAGUCACAGAAACCACAUACAGGCUUAACUGAUGGAGGAUUGUGGAAAGCUGCAUCAUUAACAAGUGUGGCAUCAGACACAUCAGAGAAUCUACCUCAAUUAGAUGUUACCACAAAACUUAAAGAAGUAUCCAUUUACAAACAAGGGAUUAAUGAUAAAAAAAUAAACAUGAGUAUAUCAAACCCUAAGUCAGUGACAACAAUGUGUCUUUCAAAACCUAAAUCAGCGUUAUCAACAAAAAGUGCUAACGUACGUAAAACUAGUUGUUUAUAUAACAAUCAGCGAUAUUGGAAUAGACGCUGUCAAACUGCAGUGUGUAAGCCACAUAGGCAUGAUAGAAGGAUGGUGGAAGCUUGUUCUUAUCAUGUGGUUAGACAAAUGGAUCUUGAGGGUCACAAAGCAGCACUCAACAAUGCUGUACUGGUGCUAGGUAUCCAUAGGUCUAAAUCGGAAGUGGAUGUACAUAGUGUUCAGUCUGAUGUCUCGCAUACGUCUAGUCAUUAUAUGCCAAGGGAGAAUUCCCAAAUUUUACUGUCUGCCAAUACCAGUGAAAUACAAAGAGAACGUCGGACAGCUGGUCUUAAUCGUGAAGAAACAAGAAUACCAACAACAAAGUUACCAAAGAAAGGACUGAUUAAGUUAACCUCACUGGAUUAUGAAAUGCAAGAUCCAACGUAUUAUGACAAAUAUAAAGAUGACUUGGAUGAGGAUAGUUGGAUAAGAAAGAAGCCUCUGGGUCACAUUUCUGAACCACACAAACCAUUAGUUAAAAAGACUAUGUUAGAGCACAUGAAGGAAGGAAAGAGGAUGUUAGAAGAGCAGGAGAAACUGCAUCAUGAACAGGAGGAGAUAGAAAAACAACUGGGGGAAUAUACUAUUGCUGAUCUACACAAAAAUCUAGUGGAUGUCACAACAGAGCUUGUUAAAAAGAAAUCGGAGGAGAUUGUAAAAUCAGUAGCUAAACCAUUUAAUAAACAUGUGACACAGAGAAAACAACGACAACAACCAGUAGAAAGGAGCGUCACGUUGCCAAGUAUCAAAGAUUUUUCAUUUGGAUGAAAGGACACAGGAAGAGAAAUAAUUGUUUUUAUUGUUUUAUCGAUUGAAUCAAGUGCAAUUUACUCUUGCUCAGAACAAAUUUAUUUGUUGAGUAAUUGCCUUUUGAAGGACGACCCUAUUAAUGGUUAAUGAUAAAUCGUUUAAACUUCAUUAACAAUUUUGAAAUAAUAGUCUUCUUUGUAAUUUUUGUUUAGUUUUAUUUAUUGUAGGCUAGUAAGAAAAUCAUAUCAUUUUUGUUAUCAUUGUGCUCUUGAUUUUACAAGUGGAUUUAAAGAUUUCAGCCAAGUCUAAAUUUUAUUUAAAGAACAAACUUGGUACACUUGAAUUUUGUUAUUUAUUACCAUUAAUUUAUUGUUGUUUUAUCAAAUAUGUACAACAAUAAAAAUGCUGUUUGUUAGA